UCGGGCAGCAGUUCGGAGCAUCGACGCGCUCAUUCCGAUCCGCUCCACGCUUCGCGAGUUUACGAAAGCUCAACGAUCGUAAACUUUCCGACCCUGAAAUCUCGCGCAACAUCUUCCACAAUAUAAAAGAAUAUUGGAUAUUAGCAAUCUAUUUUCUUUACUCAUAUCAUUUAGAAUCUUGUCUUUUUUCAAAAACAUAUUAAGGGUUUAAGUUGGAUGUUGAAGAGUUGAAAGUUCAAUUCAAAGUUGGGGUUCGGUGGUGGACGCAAUUCAGAAGUACAGUGUCUAUAGUGCAGCGCAUAGUGAGUGGGUUAGCAAUGCAGUAACGAAGCAGCAUCUUGGCGGCUUGAAACCACUUCGGUGUUUUUGACUCGUGCAACUCGAUGGAGCCGGAUGCCGCACGAGGCGGCAAGGCGCCCUACGCGCCCACAAAAACGCUCGCGUACGCGAUGGGUGGCUCCGAGCAGAAGAAGACGUCCAACUCGAAGGGCGGCGGAUUGAACGUGGUGUUGUGUAUCGUGUGUGCGGUUUGUGUAGUCGCGAGUGUUCACAAUGGCUGGAAUGAUCGCAUCCAGCAACAUCGGCUCGGUGAGCUGGAGGAACGCGUGGCUGCGUUGGAACGUGCAGGGACCGGCGAGGAUAUCGGCGUGCUGAUGGCGAGGAUGCGUCGCGACGUCGAGGAACGCAGCGUCGCGCGUGCCGCGAGGGUUGCUCGCGAUACUCAGCUUCGGCAUCGGGUUGAGACCAGGGAUGCUCCGGAGUGCAUUUGUCCAACAGGGCCGCCAGGACCUCCAGGACCCCCAGGACCUCCAGGCAAACGAGGCAGGAAAGGCAAAAAGGGUGAUAAUGGUGAAGCAGGACCUCCUGGCUCUGCGGGCUCAGCUGGAAAGAACGGGUUUCCGGGAGGAAAAGGUCAAAAGGGCGAGAUAGGCCAUAUGGGUGCGACGGGGAAGCGCGGAUAUCCGGGAUUUCCGGGGCCUAUUGGUUUAGAUGGACCUAAAGGAGACGCGGGUAAACAAGGUGAUAAAGGAAGCAAAGGUGAUUCCGGCAAUCCAGGAUUUGACGUGUUUUCCGCUGUUAAGACGGGGAGGGGCCUGAAGCGCUCCGUGACGACGCUGCGAGGCGGCACGCUCGGAUACGCCGAAAUCGUCGCUGUGAAGGGUUUGCAAGAAAGAGGCCUUAACAUUACGCCGGAACAAAUCGUCAUGUUGAAAGGCGAACCAGGUGAGCCUGGCCCACCAGGACCACCAGGACCUCCCGGACCAGAAGGUCUUCCUGGUCACGAUGGACGGCAAGGACCUCCAGGCGAUCUUGGACCUAUCGGUGAACGAGGUGAAGCGGGACCUGUGGGACCACCUGGACCACCGGGUAUAGAUGGAAUGAUGGGCCCUAAGGGCGAAAGAGGUCAAAUGGGUUUCCCAGGACAUCAAGGAUUACCUGGUCAUAUGGGUUUACCAGGAAUUCCAGGUGGUAAUGGCUCCAAGGGUGAUCGAGGUGACCGAGGAGAUAAGGGCGAUAGAGGCUUCACGACAACUCUUAGCGGAGAUCAGUUCCCGACUGGUAUUGUGGAAGGACCUCCAGGACCACCAGGACCUCCAGGUGAUAAGGGUGAACCGGGACCCGUCGGCCCACCGGGCUUGCCAGGUGAUAAAGGAACUCGCGGCAGACGCGGCAAGCGGGGGCUGAAGGGUUUCGACGGACGCGAGGCAGCGCGCGGCCUUCCAGGACUACCGGGCGUGCAAGGCGAGCCGGGCCUCGACGGCUAUCCAGGCGAACCAGGACCCAAAGGCGAGAAUGGUCUUGCGGGGCCUGCUGGUGAAAAUGGACUGAAUGGCGAGGCUGGUCCUCAAGGUCCCCCAGGUCUUCCGGGUUUACUUGGCCCCAAGGGUGAAAAGGGUGAUUAUGGUGACAUUGGUCCACCAGGCUUGAUGGGUCCUCCAGGCUUGCCAGGACCUCCUGGAUAUCCCGGUCAGAAAGGAGAAAAAGGCGAGAAGGGCGAAUCGGUAAAUAAAUACAAAAAGCUCAGGAGACGACAGUUUCAGGGAGACGGUACCGGUGAAGUCGGUGGUGGGGGUGAAAUGAUUGUAGGACCGCCAGGUCCUCCAGGACCACCUGGUGUUAACGGUCUUCAAGGACCACCUGGAAUCAAAGGUGAUCGGGGCAUGGAUGGUCUCAAAGGAGAACCGGGUGAGAAAGGAAUCCGGGGAGAUCCAGGACCUAUGGGUUUACCGGGUCCAAUGGGUUUACGUGGUGAAAGUGGGCGACCAGGCGAUUUCGGCAAGCCGGGUCCAACGGAGGAGUGGUGAUCGACACAACGGCGUUCGGCGAUUUUGUAAGCGAAUUAAUGACGAGCGAGCGAAAGGACUUAAACGAGGCACAUUAACGACGAAUAAAUUAAUAAUGGAGCUGCCGCAUCGAGACAGAAACAUCCAAAGAAAACACGACGCACCAAAAGGCGAUGUAUCUUUGAUGGAAAUACGAAUGCUACAAAACGAUAUCAAAUGUUCAUUGUCUGUACCGUCCUUAAUAUUAACAAAUGUCAAAGUUAAGCCAAGACAUGCCAAGUGCGAAACGUUUUCCAUCACAGAUGCCAUCGACGAUUAUAAAAUUCAUCAACAAAUUUUAAACAUACACGAUAAUGAAGAAAUGAUAUUCUAAAUUGUAUAAAUAAGUGAUAUUAUCAAUAUUGGUACACAACAACACACUGACCCUGAAGUUUACUAAAAUCACUAACCGUUAUUAACACAAAGCUCUUACCAGAGCAGACAAAAGCAGUACUUAAAAAAUCGUAAUUCAAGCAAUUUUGAUUUGAAACUUGAUGCCAAGCAACCCGAUGCCAAUUUCAAAGUUAAGAAACCACUGUAAAACUAUUGUAAUUCGACUUAAAGUAAACAUUGUCAAAUCGAGUACUAGAUCAUUUAUCUAGACGUACAGGAAUACUAGAAUUACAAGAAAAUGCAUAGAUGAUAAACGAUAAUGAUAACACGAUGACGACACGGAGUUUUCGGUCACGAUUUUGAUAUUUAAAUUAAAAAUGAAGCAACAUAUUUGCCAAUUAUCUAUUUAUUAUAAAAUAUAUAAAACAAAGUAUGAUUACAGACUUAAUUGAUAAUUGUAAUUGAUAACAGCAUUAUGAUAACGAUAUUCUAAUAUUAAUUAAUUUAUAAUUAUCUUAAGGAUUGUAUAAAAACCAUGCAUAAGAUAAGAUAUGAUAAAUUGCCAUAACAGCUAAAGGAAGACGGAUUAAACACAAAGUUAAAUAAAAAAGAUCAAGAAGAUAAAUAUUGUAAUAUAUUAUAUAAUAUACAGACAAAAAUCAGUGUUGAAACUUUAAUUUUAGGUGUUUUAUAAUUGAAUUAUCAUUCAUUAGAUAUCAUCGUAAAGUAUCAUUCAUUAAAAAUAUAAUUAUAGAAGUAUAUCAAAUGUAUUUGAGGUGUAGAUUAAUCUCGUUUAUUUUGUGGCCGUACAGAUUUAUUUAUCGUAAGCGAAAGAGAAACUCACAAAAUGAAGAUUACUGUAAUUUUUGUAAUUAAAUUAUGACUGAUUUAUAUAUUUAUCGAGUAAUAAGAUUAAUUUUAACUUUUUAAUUAAAAGUUGUACAAAUAUAUCAUGUAAAGACGAGGAUAAGAUAAGUGGAGAUUGCAAACCGAAAACGAGUAGAAAUAACGAAGUGUCAAGAAGCAAGAAAACAAUAAUUGUAAUAUAAUAUAUUUACAUGUAAUUACUAAGGCAAUGUCGAAUUGGUGAAACGGCAGGAAGAAUUAAUUGAAACAUGAAUCGAAAACGAUUAUGACUUUAACCAUUAAUGACGACUUGGAAAUGUAAAAUCCUGUAAAAUGUAAAAGAACGGUGAAGAUGCGGACUUGAUAACAAUGAUAAAUGACGUUUAAGCUUCGAUGUACCAAUUUUAACAUGUACGAAAGAAUAAAUGUUUGUGCAUGUGCUGUAUAAAAAUUACAAACUGAACAAAUAA